CCAAUAAACAAAAAAUAUCAUUCAAGUCAAGAACCUACCGAGAGCUUAUCAACAGUCAUCGAGAUAUGUAUUUUCAGUAUUGCUCUUAUGAACCAAUGGAUUUAAAGCAUGCCCGGCAGAUAGCCUCGUAUGAAGUAACAAAGAUAAAUACUGCGUACCUGAACGGUGUUUCUUCUCACUUUGGAAACAAGUUACGCAUGUUUUUGAACAUGGUCUUGAAAAAGGAUAAACGAAUAAAGGCAGUAAAAAACAAAAUGAAGAAUAGCGGCUCGGAAGAAGAAGUGUCGGCUAUAGUGAAGACGAUCGUGGAACAAUGCAACAACGUCAAAACGCAUGUUUCGUCUAGAAAGAUAAACGAUUUACCAAGAGACCUGCUGUCUUCCCAAGAUGUCGACAUAAUUCAUGAUAUAUUUAGCUCUUAUUCUCCUAACUAUCAAUUUACGAAAGGUUCGAUAUAUUAUGACUGCAAAGUAAAUGUCUUGAAGCAUUUAAAAGCGUUUUACAAAAUAUCAAGUAUGUGUGAAAUCCUUCAAGGAAAGUUGUUUAAUUGCUUUCCGCUGAGAAGGGCAUUCAUUCCAUCCUAUAUGACUAUCGAUACGCUUAUCUUAAACACGCAAAUAUUGAAAAACCCUGUCACCAACCAUUUGGACAAAGAAAUAGUACGGGCUCCUGUUCUCAGUGUCGCAGCAAAGGCAAUGAAGCCACAGAGUGAAAGAAAAGCAUCGAAGUUUAGGGGCAUGCUGUUCACUGAUGGUGUUGGUGUGUCUGUGUUGAAACAAAAUGAUGAUAUGAAGAAAGGCGGUAGUGGUGCUGAUAGAAGAGCGAAAGCUGUGGAUGAAGAGGGCUUCAAAUAUAUAGAGAAGUUGGAAAAAGAAGAGCUAUUGGCUGGUGUCGGCAAGCGUGUAUUGAUAGAUCCUGGUUGGCGUGACGUGCUAUAUUGCGUGCAUGAAGAAAGCACCAUAGAAAGCAAGAGGACAUACAGAUACACAAGCAGUCAAAGAGCAAUUGAAAUAAAGUCAAGAAAAUUCAAGAAGCUCCAGAAGAACUUGAAGCCUGAUGAUGUCAGAGUUGCCGAAGUAUCAUUGUCAAAGUGCAAAUCUUCAACAGUUAAUGGAGACAAGUUUGCCAAGUACCUUCAGGAAAGAGCAACAGUAGCACCAGCCUUGAGUAAGUAUUACGCAAAUGAAGAUAUUCCUGCUGUAGAAACAAACCUGUUGCCGUUUCGAAAAAUGAAGCUUUCCAGCUUUAUAAAUGGACAGCAAGCAGAUAAACGACUGGCCAGGAAUCUGAUAAUAAAGUUCGGUGAUGAUGCUACCCCGAUAACUGGCAACUGGUCUGCCGGAAAUGUCAAGUUUCACGAGCCCAUUAGAGGCGUUGGAAUGAGAAGGAUGCUAGCUCAACAAGGAUCCAAGAUGUGCCUUCUUGAUGAGUGUAAAGCAUCUAGCUUAUGCCCUUCAUGUCUGAGAGGUGAACUUGAAAAGUUCAAAAAAGUUCAAAAUCUAAGACUUUUCCAGAGUGAAAAGCAGCCAGCUGUAACAUGUCAUGGCCUUUUAAGGUGA